AUGGACAUGCAGUUGCAUCGCGAUAAGUGGCAGAUUCAUGUCAAGCACUUUUACGAGUACAUCACCACUAGGCUGCUCCACGAAAAGACUGUGAGGAUUGCGGGCAUCAAUCAAGUCGAUAUCACAAGGGACAUUGGAAAUUUAGCUCACGUGCACUUUGCUGCAAACAUGUUCAGCCUGCCCUUAAAGACCGCUGAAACCCCGAAAGGGGUUUUCACAGAGCACGAGCUUUGGAUGGCCGCGGCCGUCAUCUUCGCCAGCGUCUUCCAUGAUUUCGAACCAACAAAAUCACAUCCGCUAAGAAAAGUAGCACGCAAGCUCGCGCAGGCAUUGGGCGGAUUGAUCGAAAUGAAUGUCAAGACUGUAAUCGGAACGAGCUUUGCUUCCAAGCUCAUCGACAGUUAUCGCGAAAGCGACAAUCCAUUGGCAGCCUACGGCAUCCACAUGAUUCGCGCGUUGACCGAGACUGGUAUGUCGGCUCAUGAGCUUGCAUUCUCGCAGAUCUUGCCGACAGCGGCUGCCAUGAUCCCGAUUCAGGGCCAAGUAUUCACCCAGUUGCUAGACUUCUAUCUCGGACCUGGUGAUCAACAUCUCCCUGACAUCCAGAAAUGGGCUGCGUUAGACACUGCUGAGGCUGACGACAAACUCCUCCAUUAUGUGCAAGAAGGCAUCCGCCUGAACAGCACAUUCGGUAUGUAUCGACAUGCCAAUGUUGAACACACGUUUGAGGAAUACGGAAGGCAGAUUCACGUCAAACCGGGCGACAAUGUCUUCUGCAGCUUCGUCGACGCUGCCCGUGAUGCCUCAGUCUUCCCAAACCCGGACGUCGUUGAUUUGGACCGCCCCAUGGACAGUUAUCUCCACUACGGCAUGGGUCCCCAUACAUGCCUGGGCAAAGGCAUGUCGCAGAUCGCUCUGACGGCUAUGUUGCGUGUCGUCGGAAAGCUUCCUGGCUUAAGGAGAGCGCCCGGGCCGCAGGGUGAAUUGAAGAAACUGCCGCGUCCUGGAGGAUUCUAUGUCUACAUGCGUGAGGCCCAGGACUCCGUGUUCCCUUUCCCUACUACUAUGAAGGUUCACUUUGAUGGUUCCGUUCCAGAAAUGCCGACGACGGCUAAGGAGUAG